GCGUCACGGAACCUGCUUGAAAUGCAGCCGAGGAGCUGGGGCGGGCGGCAGCGGUGGCGGCGGCGGCGGGGGCAGCGGCAGCCCCGGCGCCGCGGCGAGGACUCGGCGGGCUGACGCGCAGCGGCGGCAGCCGCACGGGGUGCGCGGGGCGCGGCGGCCGGAGCACGGGGCCCGCCAUGGGCCGCCCCGAGCGGGGCGCGCUCCGGCCCAUGGGCCGCCCCGAGCGGGGCGCGCUCCGGCCGCUGGCGCCGCUGCUGCUUCUGCUGCUGCUGCUGCCGCUGCGGCUCCCACAGCUCGCGGCGGCGGCGGCGGCUGAUCCACAGCGCGGCGGCCAAGGGCCGGUCAAAGAGUGUGAAGAGGACCAAUUCCGGUGCCGGAAUGAGCGCUGCAUCCCCUCCGUGUGGAGAUGCGACGAGGACGACGACUGCUCUGACAACAGCGACGAGGAUGACUGCCCCAAGAAGACUUGUGCGGACAGCGACUUCACCUGUGGCAACGGCCACUGCAUCCCAGAGCGGUGGAAGUGUGACGGCGAGGAGGAGUGUCCUGACGGCUCUGAUGAGUCCGAGACCACAUGCACCAAGCAGGUGUGUCCUGCAGAGAAGCUGAGCUGUGGACCCGCCAGCCACAAGUGUGUGCCCGCCUCGUGGCGCUGCGAUGGGGAGAAGGACUGUGAAAGCGGAGCAGACGAGGCCGGCUGUGCCACCUUGUGCGCCCCGCACGAGUUCCAGUGCAGCAACCGCACCUGCUUGGCCGCCGUGUUCGUGUGCGACGGCGACGACGACUGCGGCGACGGCAGCGACGAGCGCGGCUGCGCCGACCCGGCCUGCGGGCCCCGCGAGUUCCGCUGCAGCGGCGGCGGCGGCGCCUGCAUCCCCGAGCGCUGGGUCUGCGACCGCCAGUUCGACUGCGAGGACCGCUCGGACGAGGCGGCCGAGCUGUGCGGCCGCGCGGGCCCCGGGGCCACCGCCGCACCCGCCGCCUGCGCCGCGGCCUCCCAGUUCGCCUGCCGCAGCGGCGAGUGCGUGCACCUGGGUUGGCGCUGCGACGGCGACCGCGACUGCAAGGACAAGUCGGACGAGGCCGACUGCCCCCUGGGAACCUGCCGUGGGGACGAGUUCCAGUGUGGGGAAGGGACUUGUGUCCCUACAAUCAAGCGCUGCAACCAGGAACAGGACUGUCCAGAUGGGAGUGAUGAAGCCGGCUGCCCGCAGGAAUCAACAUGUGAGGGCCCCCGCAGAUUUCAGUGUAAGAGUGGCGAGUGCGUGGACGGCGGGAAAGUGUGUGACGCUCAGAGAGACUGCCGGGACUGGUCGGAUGAACCUCUGAAAGAGUGUGGGCUGAAUGAGUGUCUGCACAACAAUGGUGGCUGCUCCCACAUCUGCACGGACCUCAAGAUUGGUUUUGAGUGCACGUGCCCAGCAGGCUAUCAACUCCUGGACCAGAAGACCUGUGGCGACAUCGACGAGUGUGAGGACCCUGAUGCCUGCAGCCAGAUCUGUGUCAAUUACAAGGGCUACUUCAAGUGCGAGUGCCACCCCGGCUACGAGAUGGACACACUGACCAAGAACUGCAAGGCUGUCGCUGGCAGAAGCCCAUCGCUGAUCUUCACGAACCGGCACGAAGUGCGGAGGAUAGACCUGGUGAAGCGGGACUACUCCCGCCUCAUCCCCAUGCUCAAGAAUGUCGUGGCGCUGGAUGUCGAAGUGGCCACCAAUCGUAUCUUCUGGUGUGACCUCUCCUACCGCAAGAUCUACAGCGCCUACAUGGACAAGGCCAGCGACCCGGCAGAGCAGGAGGUCCUCAUUGAUGAGCAGCUGCACUCUCCAGAGGGCCUGGCAGUGGACUGGGUCCACAAGCACAUCUACUGGACUGACUCAGGCAACAAGACCAUCUCUGUGGCCACAAUUGAUGGUGGCCGCCGCUGCACUCUCUUCAGCCAGGACCUCAGCGAACCCCGGGCCAUCGCGGUUGACCCCCUGAGAGGGUUCAUGUAUUGGUCUGACUGGGGAUACCAGGCCAAGAUCGAGAAGUCUGGGCUCAAUGGUGUGGACCGGCAAACACUGGUAUCAGACAACAUUGAAUGGCCCAAUGGAAUCACCCUGGAUUUGCUGAACCAGCGCUUGUACUGGGUAGACUCCAAGCUUCACCAGCUCUCCAGCAUUGACCUCAACGGAGGCAACAGGAAGAUGCUAAUUUCCUCCCCCGACUUCCUCAGCCACCCUUUCGGGAUAGCUGUGUUUGAGGACAAGGUGUUCUGGACAGACCUGGAGAAUGAGGCCAUUUUCAGUGCAAAUCGGCUCAAUGGCCUGGAAAUCUCUGUCCUCGCUGAGAACCUCAAUAACCCACAUGAUAUUGUCAUCUUCCAUGAGCUGAAGCAGCCAAGAGCUGCAGAUGCCUGCGAGCUGAGUGCCCAGCCCAAUGGCGGCUGUGAGUACCUGUGCCUUCCUGCUCCUCAGAUCUCCAGCCCCUCUCCCAAGUACACAUGUGCCUGUCCUGACACAAUGUGGCUGGGCCCAGACAUGAAGAGGUGCUACCGAGCACCUCAAUCUACCUCAACUACGACGUUAGCUCCUACCACAGCGAGGACACCAGCGGAAAACACGAGAGCCCCUGGGACCACUGUCCACAGCCUCACGUACCAGAACCACAGCACAGAGACACCAAGCCUGGCAGCUGUGGUCCCAAGCUCAGUUGGCGUCCCCAGGGCUCCCAGCAUCAAGCCAUCUGCCCCAAGCCCUGCGACCAGCAACCACUCCCAGCACUAUGGGAACGAAGGCAGCAAGAUGGACUCAACCGUCACCGCUGCGGUCAUUGGGAUCCUCGUGCCCAUGGCGGUAAUAGCCCUGCUGUGCAUGAGUGGCUACCUGAUCUGGAGAAACUGGAAGCGGAAGAACACCAAAAGCAUGAAUUUUGACAACCCAGUGUACAGGAAAACAACGGAAGAGGAGGACGAAGAUGAGCUCCACAUAGGGAGAACUGCUCAGAUUGGCCAUGUCUAUCCUGCAGCAAUCAGCAGCUUUGAUCACCCACUGUGGGCAGAGCCCUGUCUUGGGGAGACCAGAGAACUGGAAGACCCAGCCCCUGCCCUCAAGGAGCUUUUUGUCUUGCCGGGGGAACCAAGGUCACAGCUGCACCAACUCCCGAAGAACUCUCUUUCCGAGCUGCCUGUCGUCAAGUGCAAGCGAGUGGCAUUAAGCCUUGAAGAUGAUGGACUGCCCUGAGGAUGGGACCACUCCCUUCGUGCCUCAUGGAAUUCAGUCCCAUCCACUACACUUUCUGGAUGGUGUAUGCCUGCAUGAAGGGGUUUCUGUAUAUGGGUCUGUGUGAGUGAGUGAGUGUGUGUGUGUCCGCGCGUGUGUGAUUUCUUUUUAAUUUAUGUUGCGGAAAGGUAACCACAAAGUUAUGAUGAACUGCAAACAUCCAAAGGAUGUGAGAGUUUUUAUAUGUAUAAUGUUUUAUACACUUUUUAACCGGUUGCACUGCCCAUGGGGACUUCAUGGAAUGGCUACUGCCGAGUGACUGACACGAUGUACAUAACCAAAUGGGGCUGAUGGUACAGUAGCUUACUCAUCAUUUUAAAACUAUAUUUACAGAGGGUGUUUGGUUUGGGGGGGCUUUUUUAGGUUUUGGAGUUUGGGGUUGAUUUUUUUUUUCAAGUAUAUAGAAUGAUGAUGCUUUGUGGCUUCCAUCAACAUAAGUAAAAAAAAGAAGAAAACACUUCAACUCCCUCCCCCACUUAGAUUAUUUAUUAACAUAUUUCAGAAAUAAGAUUAGUUCUAUAAAUAAUUUAGAGACAUGAGAGUAUUUAUUUUUGGUAUGACUGGCCCACCAUGCAGACUCCGCGUGCAUUGAUAUUCCUAUGUGUAUGUGUGUGAGAGAGACAGAUCUGUAGAAAAAGGCGUGCCUGGGGCUGUUCGAAUCCAUACAGAGAAAUACAUGGGAAAACAGUCCACGGAGGGGCAUCUGUAGUUUUCAGAGAAGCCUCUGGAAAUUUGGCUCAAAAAAAUGGAUGCCAUGGUUUGGUAAACACGUGGUGGAAGAGGCAGGUCUUCCCCACCUCUGGCAACUCCUGGGACCCCAGUCAGUCAGGCAAAACCUUUCAGUUCACCCAUGCCUGCCAUGACUCCCACUUGGGCUUUCUCUUCUGUGGCUGAGGCCAGUGCACAGACGUCACACGGUGCCAGUUCUCGUGAGCUCAGGCGAGAACAUGCCCGAACCUUGGCUACUGCUUAUUUUAAAGUUUGACAUUUCAAGUAACUUCCUUUUCCUUCAGGAUGCUUGGGUUGAAUUCGUUAUGUUUCCUCUGACGCAGGUAGAGUGCCAUCCUUACUCAUAGAGAGCUAAGUGGAGGCAUUUCUAGAACAGCCCAAGUUUCCUGUAGAGACUCGUUCAGGCACUGAACCUCUGAGACACGCAGUGGGUGAGGAUAAGGACAGUGGAGUGGGUUCUGUUACAUCUCUGUUUCUCCCUUUCCCUUAUUCUCUGCCAUUUCCUGUAAGUGGGGGAAACAACACAGGCUUGCUACCAUCAUGUGUUCAUAUAGAGGAAAGUAGCUUUAGGCUGAAGUCAGAAAAAGUGGCCAAACUUGAAGUCCUACAAGAGGGAAAUGGCAUACACAAUGUUAUAGCCUAUUGGAUAUAUAUGUUCACACAGGGAUUUGGUUUACUACUUUGUAAAUAAAAAAACUCUGGGUAUAUGUAUAGAUUUUUUUUUUCAUUAUGGACACUUUUCAUUGUUUUUCCUGGGUGUUGGGAGAGGUGGGAGGAGUGCUUUUUUCUCUUUGUGGGAUCUACCAUUGAAAACAUGGUCCCAGAAGGAACUCUGGCCCCGCCAGCUCUCUCAUCCAAGAUCUGAGCUUUUCUUAACUCUGCUGUUCUGCCACUUCCCUCCCACCAGACAGCCAGGGACAAGACAUGUGAACAAACUGAACAAAUUCUGACACCCCUCCCCGCAGCAGCCCCCAACUCAGUGAAGCUUGGAUAUCUCACCAGCUUGAUACCCUUCGCAUUCCCAGGCAGGUAUUCAGGAGUUCUAAUACCCUGCUCCUAGAACCUUUCUCCACGUCACUCGUGAGCUCCUCACUUCUGAGAAAAUCAACUGUGUUCUGGAGCCUCGGCCCUAUGCUCUGCGUAAACAAGCAAUUUCCUCACGAUAUGCAUGUGUUGUGGUCCUGAAACACUCAUUGAGAGGCAACUGACCUAGAGACCAAUACCAAAUAGAAUUUUAAGAACAGGUGGCCAACUCCUAUGGAGCUUAUUCACUUACUACUAUUCUUUCAAGAAUGGAAAGUAAAAUUAUUUUUGACUGAAGAAAAAUGACAAAAAAAAAAAAAAAGUCAUUGAGAUUUACAGAAAACAGGCAACUUUUUCUAUGACCUGCCUCCAAAGAAAUAGAAUUUCCUGGGGGAAAUGAGAACAGUGACUAAUGUGUAGUUUCUAAACUUUGAAUCAGAUCUUGGCCUUCCCAGAAAAAACAAACAAACAAACAAAGCAAAACAAACACAAACAGAAAUGGAGUCAGGAUGGUUCAGCCUGAGAUCUCAAAAUGAUGAUGAAACACAGCUUUCUCAGAGACGUCCAUGUUUCCUGAAUGUGCUACAAGUGCAGUUUGGAAGAGGCGGCUCUGGGAGCGGCUACAGAAGACAAAUUGCAGAGUCCUCACGUGUCCGAUGGUAGUCCGUAGGAUGAAAUCUGAGGCGGUCAGGUCCAUCCUCCCUCUCUAGUCUUGGAGGCUCCUGAACCUCAUUUUGAGGUAUAAUUGCAUUUCUGUUGCCUUUUGCCUCUGUGCUAUCAUGUAUCUACAGCCAAUAUCAGAUCAUAGAGUCAUUGGACUGUAGAGCUGGAAGGAAAUCUAGACAUAAGGCCUGGAGGGUAGAAGAUUUAUCAGAAACUUAUUUUCCCCUCUGUUUCAGAGAAACUGGUCCCAGACCUUAUCCUCCCUUUCCUUCUCCAAGAGACUACUUUGGGCUGCCUGAGCAUUGUACCAAACCUGCUACCUAUCUAAUGGCCUAUCUUUCUAGUGGAAUUAUGAAGACGCUGGUAGAAAUAGCCUGCCAGAAACAGAAAACUAAAAUUUUAUUUAUAUACUCUUGAUGGCAUGAUUAUUUAUAAAAUAGGUUGAGGAAACGUCUAACCUCAAGAUGAGAUCGGAAUUAAAUUUAUGGCAAUAAGUACUAUGAUCCUUCUAAUUUUCUCUGCGGUUGCAGUAUAUCCAUUCAUUGAAACCAUUUGCCAGGUACCAGCUAAGUGCCGGGCACUGCACUCAAGUGUUUACUGCCCUUACAGAGUUCACAGUAACAGUAGAGGAAGACCCGCGGAAACAAAAAAGGAACAGAUUCUUUUCAGAGUACUAUUAAGGCACAAAGGAGAGAGAGGUCAUUUCUAUGUAUGGAGAUGAGGAAUGGGGUCAAGAAAGGCAUUGUGGAAGUGACCUUAUGCUAAGUCUUAAAAACUUAAGUCGGGGUGUCCGGGCUGCUCCAGGCCGUGGAGGACACAGAGGCAUGAAACAGCAUGGGGACUGUAGGGAACUGCAUGUAAUUCAUUGUAAUGAGCGAAAGGCUCAAGGGGACUUAGCAAGAAAUGAGGCUGAAUGGAAAGACAGGUUCAAUGUAAGCACUUUAUAGAAUACUUUUGUUUAAUUUCUGAUUCCAUUAUGCAAACAUUUCUUAGUCAUUUAUUGCAUACGAGGCACGGAGUGCAUCGUGGAGGGUUCAUCAGGAUGCAUCGCCAGCACUUUGCAGACACGACAGUCUUUAGCCUCCAGCUUUCCAGUGGCCAAAGGGAAGUAGUGACUGCGUUUCAUAUGUUUGAGUUUAUCUUUUUUUGAAUAUAAGGGUAAUGGAAUUUCACAGAAGCACUCUGUGUUGUCAAGAGCCUCUGAGAUUUUUCUCAACAUUGAGAAAAUGAAAUUUUGGAUGGGUAGUCUGCAGAGGGAACCCCAAGCACUGUCUAGUCAGAUGCUGGUAGGAGUCGGGAGAGAGCACAGGAAUGUGAGCCUCCCUCCUCUUCCUAACUCCAGCUGGACUGUUUCACAGAAUAUAAAUGAGUUAGCAAUUAAACAUUCAGAGUAAAUAACUUCCUUUCCCAUCAAUGCAUGAAGAUAGAGUAUCGGAGUCUUCUCACACUGUAUUUUUAGGGUAUUGGGGAUUUUCAGGAUACAGAGAACUUAGAGGUGGAAGAAUUAUAGCUUCAAAUUUUCAGUUAAUAUAAGAAAUCAGGAAGCUCUGUUCAUUCAGGCUAUGCACCAUGUGCAUAGUCAAGAAUCAGCAGAAACCCUCUGCAUUUGCAAACACUUUGUGCUAUAAAAAGUAAUUUUAAAAAAGCCACCUGUAUAUGUAUAUAUAUAUUUAAAAACAUGGAGGUUUUGAUACUUUUUUACAAAAACUACAAGAGAAAACAUACCUGUACAAACCAUGUGUUUUAAAAUAGCAUUUUGUUCUAAACAGCUCUUGUUCAUUUGGGGGUGAAGUACUGGUUUGCAGACUCCAUCACCUUGUACCCAAAUGAAUUUUCCUCGUUUGUCUUCUCCCCACACCCUCAAAUGACCAUAUUUGAUGUAACAGGCAUGUUAGAAUGUUGGGUCACACUAACAGUUUCUGCCCUCUUUGUCUUGUCAUUCCGAGUUUCAUUAGCUUGUGUACUCAGUGCCCUUUGCAGUCUGGUUUCUGUUCCAGAAGGAGAGGGUGGUGUGCUGCAUCUCACUAGCUGUACUGACAUCAUCUUGGUGAACAAAAAACCAAAUGUGAACAUUUGUAAAAUCAGUGCACUGUUUCUAGAGAGAGAUUAAAUUCAUUUUUUAAAAUCUGAAA